AUCAGAAUAGAAACUGAAGCCGGGAGAGUCAGACCGUGAGAGAAACACUGUGAACAUUUAACAGAGUCUGGUCCUCUGAUGUACCAAAGACAAUGCUGUACCUGAAGAAAUACUUCACCGAGGGCCUGAUCCAGAUGGCCAUCCUGCUUAGCCUGUGUGGAGUGAGGGUGGACGUGGGACUGGAAACCUACCUGCCUUCCUCCUGGCACGAGAGGAUUCUUGGCCCAACCUCAGCGCUGACCCAGACACAGUUCCACAACCUGAGAAACCGCCUUGAGGAUGGCCAGGACCUUCACCCAAAGAGUGUAGACCUGGAUGAGUUCUUCACAUCACGGAGGCUGCUGGGUAUUGUCCGCUCUCUGGACAGACUGCAGAUUCCUAAUGCUGAGCUGGAGACCUGGCUGGUCCAGCGAGAGCCAGAUCCUCUCCCUGUGGUUUGUCCGGACCAGGCGAUAAACCGACCUGCUCCACCAGUGGAACCCAGACCUGGAAUCAGUACCCUGCAGGAUGAAGAAGAGGAGGAGGAGGAUAGAGAGCAUCAUAUACUCAAUCAAAGAGGGGAGGACGAGGAGGAUGAGGAGGAGGAAGACAGCGCAUGGCUCUACAGGAGGACAGAGGAGGGAGCAGCAAGGAACAACAACAGAGAACUAUCCCAGAAUGAAGUAGACCAGACUUCCGUCUCCCUCCAGGAGUGUCUAAGGCUGCUGCAGGAUACGUUUCCCUUCACAGAGGAACAAUUCAUUGAUGCUGGCGCCAGAGGGGGAGACCAGGAGAACCAGCCCACAGCCAGGGAGACCCUGCGUCCCUCCCCCACUGGAAACCCUUCAGUGGACCUGGAGCUGCACUGGCAGGACCUGCUGGCUAUCAUGGAGCCUGAGACCAACACAGAUGUUGACAUGACUUCAUCUGAUCACAACCAGAACCAAAGAGCGACUGGGAGCCUUCAGGGUGUCGGGUCUGGAGCUCCUCAGAUAAACUCUAAUCACCAGGCUGAUCCAGAGACCCCCCUGCAGCACGGUCAUUUCAGCCUAUCAGAGCUGGAGUCACUCAUCCCAAGUGCAGAGCUGGAUGAUCACAGAUUGGCCUCGGACACAAGGGGAACUUGGGAAAAUUCCAACAGGAAUCCCUCGCUGAGUCCUCCACACCACACUGAACUGCUAGCGGAAGACUUCAGCCCGGGACUAAACCAAGAAGACAACUCAAGACCCUUCAACUUGCUGACACAAGAUCUUUUGGAUGUGGAAGGCAGAUCGAGUUCACAGUACCCAGAAAACCUUCAAAGCUUUGACAACUUUCAUCCACGUGACAUGAGGCCUUCCAGUUUCAGCUCAGAGCAAGAGGGGGACGAUAUGACCCAAGACCUCAGGACGUCUCCGUCCUCGUCCUUUCUGUUUGACGAAGGGGUAAACGUUGAGGAUGAGGAUGGUCUUCUCCCCCCACUCCGUGAGCUCUUGGAGGAUGCCUCCAUCCUAGAAGAGAUUAGAUUGUUGGACUUGGAACUUGGGGGGGGCUUCAGUCCUGAGAUGGCUGCAAGGCUGGAAGAGGAGGGCUACCUCAACAGUGAAAUGGCCAAACAGGACACCAGGAGAUCAGAAGGCCAGUCAGGCUCGAACACAGAGGUCAUGAGAAAUCAGGAUCAACCAGGGACACACCAGGAAGACAAUGUGGAGGAAGCAGACUCAGACUCUGGUCUUUCUCUGGACUUCAGCCACAGCCCUGCUUCACCAUCUGCUUCUGAAGCUUCAUCUUAUUCCUCUUCCUCCUCCUCCUCUUCCUCUUGUACGUCAGCUGCGGGAAGUCCUCUCUCUGAGGACGAGGACGCUGAAGAAGGGUCAGUCGGUUCGGAAAUGGAGGUUGAGGUGAUCAUAAAGCAGGAGGAGCUGGAUGAGGAGGAGAUGGGUGCAGUCGGAGGGAGUUAUCCUCCAGAUGUGAAAGAUUUCUCUCUGAACUACGGGGAUCACAAGAUGUUCACUGGCUUUCCUUGGAUGGAGCAUGUUGGCCAUGAUCACACGUACAACCAACCCUGGUCAUCCCCCUCAACUCAAUCUGCUGGAAAGAUGCCCACCAAACAUCCCAAAUCUUUCUCUAGACAUGACAGAGCCAAGCCUUACCGCAGCUCCUCAUCCAGACACAUCUCUGAUUCCAAAAUGCGGAGCCGAGACGAACGGCGUGCAAGAGCUCUGAAAGUCCCUUUCUCCAACGACCUCAUUGUUAAUCUGCCAGUGGAGGAGUUUAAUGAUCUGCUGGCCAAGUACCAACUCAAUGAAGACCAGCUAGCCCUCGUCAGAGAUAUAAGGCGCCGCGGCAAGAACAAGAUCGCCGCUCAGAACUGCAGGAAGAGAAAACUGGAUGUGCUCUAUGACCUGAAGGACAACGUCUCAGGUUUGAGGCGCUACCGUUCGCGGCUGGUCAGAGAGAAGCAAGAAGCUCUGAGGAGUCUGCAGGAAAUGAAGCGGCAGCUGGGCGUUUUGUACGAAGAAGUCUUCUCCAGGCUGAGGGACGAGGAGGGGAGGCCGCUGGACGCCAUGGAGUACCUGCUUGAGUUUGAGCCUGAUGGUGGUGUCACUGUGGCUUCACGACAACAAGGGGCGGCGCGUCCUCUGACGAAAACCAGCAAGAAACAGAGGGACAAGAAGAAGUGAAGACGUGGAGGAGACUUUUAGAAAUGUAGGCAUAAAAGAGAUUCCUGACCAGGACUGGGAUCAAAACCACGAAAUAAGAGCAAUACUCACGCUGUGGUGAAUGAGGGAACAUCGGAAUAUUUCGUAGGAAGUCAAAGGAAGAUGCCCAAAGGAUCUUUUCAUACACUUUAACAGAUAGUCUCAUUCAAAGGAUUGGUGUCUGGCUUGGUUGACGGAGCAAAAAAGUUCCCUGAAAGAGGACGGGAUCAUUGCUGAGUUUGAUUCGAAAACCUCCACUCUGGGAUAGGUUAAAAGCUGAUUACGUUUUUGGCUAUAAAAGUGUACACACUGGAAAAGGACUCAAGCUCAACCUCAAACAAGUCUGGGGAAAAUCCACUUAGAUCAGAGAUAAACAGGGACCAGCAUUUAAGUACUUCUCCUCAACAUCAGGUGCCUCAGGACUUCAGUCGUUUGCGCUGAACAACCCAGCAGACUGACGGCAGGCUGGAUCCUGGCUGCAGGAUGAUAAGGUCAAUUGCGGACACUACAAUGACUCCAGACCACCAGGGAAGGAAGGGGUGUUUGGAACCGGGAAGGGAAGGCCGGAUCUGAAGUUCUUGAUCUGGUUGGGAUACCGAAUCUUACUCCAAGACAAUCAACUUUGGGUUAAGGGUGUCAAAAUUGGGUGUCUUUAGUUCCCAGAUGAUGCAGAAACUAGAGGCGAGUGUGCUCCCUAAAUGAUUUGAGCUUUUCACCAAAGCUCUAGAGCCAUCUCUUCAUAACUAUCUUAAAAAUGUAAGCAAGAGCGGAUAUCAUAAAUCUGGCAGUAAACUGACCCUCGUCCACAUGGCAGAUUAAGCAAGCAUCACAUUUUUGGUAAAUAUAAGCUGUAUCAGGAAGUGGCAACACUUGUAAUUGAAAUGUAUUCACUGUUGUUUGGUUCUCAGAGAUCUGUUAAUCGUUGAAGGUGCACAGAUAGAAAAUAUGAACAGCCUUUUGUGUUUAAAGUUGCUCUUCAUGAACAUGGUGGACUUGUGUGUGAUAGUGCACUGGGGCCACUCAUGAUUCAGAUGUGAAAGUGGAGCUGGUGGGAAGAAAAGUGAAUUUGGUGGAUAGGGUUCUCUGGGUAUGGCUUUCAGCUUUCAGCAUCCACAACGUGUCGGAGUGGACUUCAAACCACCAACAUUUUGAACCCUACAUGGAAGGUAUGGGUGUAGUGAAGGAGUGACUCCUUUUUUACUGAAUAAGCAUUGCCUUUUUUUACUUUGUACAUGGAGGAAGUGGGUUUCACCUGUGCCUUUGUGUGUUUUUAUGUAUUUUUUACUCAUGUGGGUCUGUGAAGCUGUAGAAAUGUUCAUUUUUAAGAGGGUGGUGUGAAUUUAUGACUCAAAUGUAUCCAAGGCCUCACCCAUGACCUUGAUCUCUUGAUGUCAUACACAAGAGUGUGUAACCUGCUAUCACGUUAUGCACAUAUUGAAUACACCAGGGGAGCUCAACAUACCAUCUGACAUGUGUUCAGAAUUUGCAGUAUACAAACCAGCAUCCUUUUUUGCUGGUCUGACCUGCAAUCCUCUGCAUGUGUCACAGACUGCCAUAGGAUCAAAUUCAAUGCAUAGUACUAUAUCUCAGGUGUAUGCAUACUACAUGAGUACAUACUUUUAAGAGGCUGUUCUAAAUAUGGUAGAAGUUCGACCUCUUGAUAGUCAGGAUGUUGUAUUUACACAUUAAAUAGAGCAUGUUUGGGGAUAUUUGCACUUCUAAAUGUAAUAUGUGCAGAUUCAACUUCUCCACUGCCAGAUGAACAAACUAGAUAAAGAAAAGAAACAAUCAGAGCAGAUUUUUUUAGUUUUAGUAUCAAACUACUGUACGUCUCUAUGUCACCCUCAGGUAUCUUCGCAGUAUGACACAACCAUCUCAUAAUAAGACCCGCCUCUGUAACAAACAUGCAGAGGUACAGUCUGAGUGUGUUAUAAUCUGCAUAUGUAUCACUACCACUGUGUUUGUUUGUUUGUUUUUAAUUGUUUUUGUUUUAAUACCCACUGUGCUUGCUGGUAUUCAAGGACCUGGGUCUUUCAUGUGAUAAUGAAAAAGAAAAACUGAAUAAAAAUCCAAAUAAAUGAACUCUUUGGAGUCAGCUGAUUUCU